UGCAGUGAAUGGACAGGUGGUUUCUGUGCCGUUAGAAAACAGAGCUGGUGGCAGGCAGCUCGAGAUCGACACAGAUAGAGAGCCUCUGCACGCAUCUAAUCUCAUCUCUCCACGGCAACCAAGUAACCACACUCCAACCGGCACCAUGACAACCGCAGGCAGAACACACGUUACACACACACACGGCCACGGGAACCGGAGCCCACGGAGCUGGCUCUGAUCCAAGCCGCGGAGACCGCACUGCCUACCGGCCACGCACAGCUCUCCUCCUCCUACUCUUUCCAGCCACUGAAUCGAGGAUGAAUAUUAGCUGCUCUGUUUUUCCUCUUAUUCAACCAUUAACAAAUGGAGGACAUUCACCUGUGGCGGUGGAUAAAUUUUUUUAGAUUUUUUUUAAGGAAUGGACAGAUUUUUUUUGGCAAGCUUUUCCAGCUGUUACCAAUGUGUUGUUGACGCACUGUUUAACGAAGAGUAAUAAUAAGAAAAUAAAUAAAAAAACAUAAGAAGGACGGUGGUUUGAUAUUUCUCACGGAAGAAAGGGACAGGAAGGGUUUUGAGCGCGGGAUAGAAGCCAGAUGCGUUGCGCUGGGCUGCUGCUGAGGGAUGCUCCUCGUGUCGCGGCUCUGCGCUAGGAGUUCCCCGCGUGUGUGCCCCUGUGCAUGUGCUAAGCUUUGCGAGUCGACUGAGUCUGUGUGUGUGUGAGAGAGGCAAGGCCAGAAAAGGCAACAGAGAGAGCUCACCAGCUCAACACUCGACGCGGCUGGAAAAUAUGCUGAAGCGGAGUUUUGUGGACCCCGGUCGCGAGGUCCUCAGAUUGCUGCUCGGACCAUUUGGCGCGAGAAUGACCUGAAGAGGAACCCUGCGAAAACAUCAACCGUUUUCGCCCGAGGGUUUGAGGCGCUGUAAAAGGGUGUCUUCGGAAAAGACAGUUAGGAAGCAAGGGAAGGAACCCAAAUCAGACAGCCCUGAUGAAUCCAAUGGCUCAGUUGUAUUAUAACAAGGUGAGCUACUCGCCAUACCGGGAUAGAAUCCCGCUGCAGAUCGUCCGGGCUGAAGUUGAGCUCUCUGCCGAGGAAAGAGCCUACCUCACUGCUGUAGAGAAAGGGGACUAUGCGGGUGUCAAGCACGCGCUGCGGGAGGCGGAGGUGUACUACAACAUAGACGUGAACUGCCUCGACCCGCUGGGCCGGAGCGCGCUCCUCAUCGCCAUCGAGAAUGAGAACCUGGAGGUGAUGGAGCUUCUCCUGGACCACGGGGUUGCCACUGGCGACGCUCUCCUCUACGCCAUACGGAAGGAGGUGGUAGGAGCUGUGGAGCUGCUGCUGUCGCACAGGCGGCCGAGCGGAGAGAAACAGGUCCCGUCCCUGAUGAUGGACGGUCAGUUCUCUGAGUUCACCCCAGACAUCACCCCGGUCAUCCUGGCAGCUCACACCAACAACUAUGAGAUCAUCAAGCUGCUGGUCCAGAGGAAGGUGACCAUCCCUCGACCGCAUCAGAUCCGCUGCGACUGUGUCGAGUGUGUCUCCAGUUCAGAGGUGGACAGUCUGCGUCACUCCAGAUCCCGCCUGAACAUUUACAAGGCCUUGGCCUCUCCCUCCCUCAUCGCUCUGUCCAGCGAGGACCCCAUACUCACCGCCUUCAGGCUAGGCUGGGAACUCAAAGAGCUCAGCAAGGUGGAGAACGAGUUUCGUCAGGAGUACGAGGAGUUGUCUCAGCAGUGCAAGCUGUUUGCCAAGGACCUGCUGGACCAGGCCCGGAGCAGCAGGGAACUGGAAACCAUCCUAAACCACCGAGACGACAGUGAAGAGAUGGACCCCAGGGAGACCAGCCACGACCUGGCAAAGCUCAAACUGGCCAUCAAGUACCAGCAUAAAGAGUUCGUAGCCCAGCCUAACUGCCAACAGCUGCUAGCCACUCUCUGGUAUGAUGGUUUCCCUGGCUGGAGGAGGAGACACUGGGCUGUCAAGCUGGUCACCUGUUUCAUCAUUGGACUGCUCUUUCCUGUCUUCUCAUUGAUCUAUCUCUUGGCCCCUAAGAGUGCCCUGGGUCUGUUUGUGAAGAAACCCUUCAUCAAGUUCAUCUGUCACACAGCGUCAUACCUCACCUUCCUCUUCCUCCUUCUGCUGGCGUCCCAACACAUCGCCCGGACCAACCUCCAUGUCCAAGGUCCUCCACCUACCGUGGUGGAAUGGAUGAUCUUACCAUGGGUACUGGGUUUUAUCUGGGCAGAGAUUAAGGAGAUGUGGGAUGGUGGUUUUACUGAGUACAUCCAUGACUGGUGGAAUCUCAUGGACUUUGCUAUGAACUCUCUCUACCUGGCUACCAUAUCCUUGAAGAUAGUGGCUUAUGUGAAGUACAACUCCUCCCGCCCCAGAGAGGAGUGGGAAAUGUGGCAUCCGACCCUGAUAGCAGAAGCUUUGUUUGCUAUAGCCAACAUCUUCAGCUCCCUGCGCCUCAUCUCUCUGUUCACAGCCAACUCACACCUGGGGCCCUUACAGAUCUCACUUGGACGGAUGCUGCUGGACAUUCUCAAGUUUCUCUUCAUAUACUGUUUGGUCCUGCUGGCUUUUGCCAAUGGUCUGAACCAGUUGUAUUUCUACUACGAGACCAAAGCUUCUGAAGAACCCAACAACUGCAAGGGCAUCCGCUGUGAGAAGCAGAACAACGCCUUCUCGACUUGUUUUGAGACGCUCCAGUCAUUGUUCUGGUCGGUCUUCGGCCUGCUGAACCUCUACGUGACCAGCGUGAAGGCCCGCAACGAGUUCACUGAGUUUGUGGGCGCCACCAUGUUCGGGGACCUACAACGUUCAUCUCCCUGGUGGUGGCUGCUCAACAUGCUGAUCGCCAUGAUGAACAACUCCUACCAGCUCAUCGCUGACCAUGCAGACAUUGAGUGGAAGUUUGCCCGGACGAAGCUGUGGAUGAGUUAUUUUGACGAGGGGGGAAACUCUUGCCCGCCCCCGUUCACAUCGUUCCCAAGUCCUAAAUUCUGUGUGGUACCUGUGGUCUUUGGCUCCACCAUAAAAUCUGCAGGAGAGGAGCGCCCCCCUGCGGACGACACGCACAAACACCAGAACCUACGGGAGUUCACGGAGCGUCACGCAGACAGCCUGAUACAGAAUCAACAUUAUCAGGAGGUGAUCCGCAGCCUGGUGAAACGGUACGUGGCAGCCAUGAUACGCAGCUCCAAGACAGACGAGGGACUGACCGAAGAGAACUUUAAGGAGUUGAAGCAAGACAUUUCCAGUUUCCGCUAUGAGGUUCUAGAUCUCCUUGGCAACCGCCGGCCCCCUAGACGCCACUACUCUUCCAGCAGCGAAGCCACACAGAAAGACGAGGGAGGAACCAGUGACGAAGGUGGGCCUGAACCUAGCAUUGACCCCAAUAACCCCUCCCAGAGGCAGCAGGAGGAGUGUGGACCCAAGAGGUCAAAGAGUGUGACAUUUCUGACUCCGACAGGAGUCAUGGAGAAGAACACCCCUACGUGUGGCGUCUCUGCUCUGGUCCAGAGUAUUUCAGAAAUGGAGGUGGCAUCGGAGGCAAGGAAGGGGGGAGAAAGGGAGGCUGAGAAUGAGGAAGAGGGGUGGGGGGAGGAAGAGGAGGAAGAUGAAAAGGGCAAACCAAAGAGCAACGGGGUGAGGAGAGACGCUGUACCAUCCUCCUCUUCCUCUUCUUCAAUCUUCCCUUUGUUCCCAUCUUCUUCCACACCCAUCUCCUCAUUCUCCUCGCUCGCACAAGGAGUCGGCUCCAGCGGUUGUCGGCGGCAACGUCCAAUAAGACACCAGGACUCUUUGAAACGCCUUGGCUUCCUUUUCUCACGUAAAGCCCCGCCCCUUCCCCUCUCUCUCGGCCAAUCCCCUCCCUCAUUCACCAUCUCAGAUGGGCUUCUAAGCCCUCUGCGAGGUCGAGGGUCAUACGACCUCGGUUUAGUUAGUCACGUCACCAGAAGUGAGAUGCACCUGAAUCAAGUUGGACAUUCUAACCAGUCAGAAGCCCAUCCUUCAUCCACCAGACGAGCCAAUGGGAAAGACGCUCUGCUCCCUUUACCCCUCCCACCUCCCUGUCCCUGUCAAUCCCUGCACUGUGCUUCCAAUAUGGCCGACUCUAGUUCCCGCCUCCUGGAUUCCAGUGAGUGUGUCUUUGAGAUAGGAGAAAGUGGAGGGGUUUUGGGUGAUGGGUGGGUGGGGCCUUGUGACAUCAUAGAGGACUCUGUUACUACGCAACUGUAGGCCGAAAGUAUUUUGUUGGUUUCCUUGGUUACCUAACCACGUAACCACCCCAAAGCCACGGGCGACACCAGGUACUGUAUACAGUGGUGGCUGCAAGCGAUGUCACAUAUGUGAUGCCACAGACCUAGACCACUUCUCCCUCCCACUUAUGAUGCUACUUGUGAUGUCAUACAUACUUCCCAUACCUACCAGGAGGAAGGGGUGAGGAACUCGGAACUCAGUCGCAAUUCAGCUACGCAUAAAUACUUUUUGCAACAACGUGGAACACCAAGAAUGGAGAAAAAAGUUAAUUUAAGCUUUCACUUUUUGCUUGUCUCUCCUCAAUGUCUCAGGUCAGGUUGCGCUACAAUUCCACCUGUACUGAUCUGUCGUGUAUUUUGCAAAGUGUGAUUGGUUUGAUCCAGAGUAGUUUGGCCACAACAUGCUGUUAUAGCAUGUGAAAACAUUACCUAGGUGCAGGGCCAGCCAUGGACAUUCUGCAGCCAUGGGCAAGAUGGAAAGAAUGCAGCCGAUUCUGGGCGCUGGAGGGCGGCAUCCAAUUGCCACGCUGGAGGGUGGCAGGCAGUGGUCACACUGGAGGGAGGCAGCCAGUGGUCACACUGGAGGGAGGCAGCCAGUGGUCACACUGGAGGGAGGCAGCCAAUGGUCACAUUGGAGGGAGGCAGACAACUUUCAAAAUGCAGCCUCAAAUUCAAGUGCUACCAUAACCCUAACCCUAGGCCGCCGCCUAAUCUUGCCCAAUGGGAAGGCCGGCCCUGCCUAGGUGGCAUUGUCUGCCAAGACCCAGAAGUCUUACAUCUGCCAAUAACAUUGGGGUGUGGAAAGGUAUAUCAUUUGAUAUCUAGCAAUGGGUUUUUGCACUUCACCUAGCAAUAUUUCUGAGACUGGCAGUGUGCACAAAAGCUAGUGUCAUUUUGUCCAAAAUGAAACUAGCUUGCUAGCUGAGCCAGUAACACAUCAUGAAACUAAUGGGAUGCUGCAAAACAACCAGCUUCAUUGUGCUGCACACACAAAUAUACAUUAUUUUACCACAAGCUAGCUUACUAGCUAACACUAUUAUUAAUUAUAAUUUCAUGGACCAGCUGAGCUGCUUGUGUUUUGCCACAAGUCUCUGCGUUCGUUUGAAGAGUCCUGUGUUCGCUUAUUUAUAAAAUUAUCUUCGAUAAAACGUACUUUUGUGGGCAGCAUAUCCAGUAAUGGAGAGAAUCUAAGCAAGCCGGUCAGUUACAAGCCUGUCAGAAACGUAGCGUUAUAGCUAGCUAGCUUUCAGCAGGUCCUUUUGCUACAUGUUUUCCAGUAUUGUUUGAGCUUUACUGGGAUUCUGUGAGAUUCUCUGGGUCUCUAAAGGGCUUUUUGGGACUUUGUAUGGCUCUUGGGAAUCUACAAGACUCUGUGGUACUAUCAGGGAUUGAGACUCUAAUGGACAUUGGGACUCCAUAAGACACAGUGGUAAUGAUGAACUGGGCCUUGACCUGACAGAAGGGCACUACAGAUCUGCAGAAAGACAAGGGGAGAGAAGGGAUGAUAGGAGAAACCGAAGGAUGAGAGCUGAGGAAGGGAUAAGAGGAGAGAGGUGGAAGAGAGGAAGGGGAGAGGGAGAUUAGCGGGGAGAGGGAAGAGAGCGAUAGAGGGAUGAGAGAAGAGGAAAAAGGGACGAGGCACGGAUGAGUAUGAAAGAGAGAUGUGCGGGGAAAGUGUCAGCCAUUAUAACUUUAAAGUGGACCAUCUUCAAAAGGAGAAACAAACACGUUUAUAGAAGCAAACAUCACAUUUAAAUAUCAACUUUCAAGCUUCAAUAGUAGUGAUUGAGCAUAUCAUGUUGCAAGCACGCACACAAGCACACACACACACACACACACGCACACACACACACACACACACACGGAUAGAGUUAGAUCUAACCCAAUCACACUGUUACCAAGGCUACUGGUCAAUAGUGUCAGGGUAACAAAGACAUCUCUCAAAAACUGUGAUGUCUGCUGACCUUUGACCCUAUCUUGGGACAGGACUGAUUGAAGAACAUUGAUCAUUGAUAGGCUAUUUUUUCUGUUCUAAUUAAAAUACCCAAUCAAAGCACACAAGGUAAUUUGCUAAUUAUUUAAAAUGACGGCUUGAAAGAGAAAAGCAGGGAUGUAUCUCGUCCAUUAUAUCGAUAGUCUUUAGGGGAAGCAAUUGCAGAAGAACAGCUAAGACAACAAAGAGUUCAAUUAAUGGAGGAGUCAUGGCUCAGAAUGUGACAAUGGGAGGUUGAGAGUUUUAUCUAGGAGAGAGAAAGUCAAUGGCUAUAACUUUAAAGGCAGACUUGGGACAUGAAAAACUGUAAAGCUCUGCCUUUCUCAAGUUGAGAACAAACAACAGAUAGAUAAUCAAUGAUAUCGAUAAAUCACUCCCGCCUGUCACUCCAGCAUUUGUAAAUGUCAUUUUCACAGGAUAAUCUUUAGAACGAA